AAUGGAUACUAACAAGAUUGCUAUCAAGAAAAAGAGUAUUUUUAAUCCAAAAAAAUCAACAAAAAGUUAUUCAAAAUCCACAAAAGCAAAAGUUGAUUCAGAAGCAGAAUACCAGGAGUCAACCUCCGGAGGAUUCUUUACCGAGCAAGAAGAUCAGCAUCCAAUAAACUCUCUUAGUUCAUCAAAAGAUACAGGAUUUAUUGGAGAUGAUUACAUAGAACAUGAAGAUGUCGAAGAUUUGUACCAGAGAAGCCUGGAUUUACCCUUUUUAUUAAGUGGGGACUACAAUUACUACAAGCAGUACUCCACUAGAUCAUCAAAGAGAAAUUCUCAGCCUCCUCUCAAGAAUUAUAGCCAUUUUAGAACGGAGAAGUCUAAAAACUUUAACUUGAUUAGAGGAGGCACUCAAACUCAUUUCAACAAUAAGCCUGAAUCUCCUGGUGUCUUACAAAACGAGGUUGACGAAAAACUGAACAAAAGUAUCUCUGAUAAGAACAGGCCAGUCUCUCGAUCCAAAGAAGAUAGGCAAAUUAGGGCUAGCCAUGAAAUGAAGGAAAUGAUGAAAGAAAUUGACGAAGUGGAAGAAGAAGUAAAAUAUCUGGACUUUUGAACAAACAAAAAUCAAUAUUCCCUUGAGUUUCUUGAAAAUUCUGCAGAAGAAGUCUUUGAAAGCUUUCAGACGUUCAUAAACUGGGUUCCCCAGUUAUCUCUUCUAGCAACCCAUGAAUCUUCAAUAUAUCUCUCAGACUCAUACACCCGCAAAACAGUCAAAAUUGAUAAGAACAAGUUCAUUGAGAGUCUGAUAGAUCUGAGAGUUGAGCAACUCCAAAUGUAUGAUGAUCCUCAGCCAGAUUUAGCAUCAAAAUAUCACAAGAAAGUUACCAUCAAUGAGUCUGAAAACUCUCACAAAAGAACAGGAGCUAGCUUAUCAGUCCUUCCAGAAAGGAAGGUAAAGAUGUCCGGUAUCUUAAAAAAUGAAAGGAAGAGUUAUUCUUCAACGAAGCAUAAUAUACCUACUAAUCGAGGCCCCUCACCAGUAUUGGAGGAGUCAAAGGAGAGAGACUUAGCUCAAGUAGCAUUACCAGAAAAACCGUCCUUAAAUAUUUCAGAAGUGGAUAGCUCUUUGAGUAAUGAUCUUGAAUCUGAUCUAUCCCAAGUGGAUAUUGAAGGAGUUAACAUUGAAGAGCAAAUGAAGAUAAUGCAACAGAUACAGUAUAGCUUCAAUGAACAAGAAAGCAGAUUUGAUGAAGAGAAGCAAAAUCCAGAUCAUUUACCUACAAGUCAGAAAAUAAACAUUACGACAAGAAUGGAGAAAAAUCUGACUGCCGCACCUCAGGACAACAUGAUGAAGGGUUUGUCACUUGCUUCGUCAAUAGAUCCUACUGUUAACCCUGAUUCUGUUUCCUCCAAGAGUGAUAAAGACGUAGAAAUAGACUCUGAUGUUCAAGAAGAAGAUGAAGACACCAGUCCAGCAAAGUUUCUAGAUGUGCAAGAAAUCAUUAAUGUUCUUAGUCCUCCUCUUUCACAAGAACAGGAACUGAUACAGGAAGAAAGCAUACCUCCUAAAGUCCAAGAGGAAUCUGAUAUCCAGGGAAAUAAAGAGGAAGAGAAAGAUGCCCAGGAGGAUAAUGAGCUAGACAAACCUCCAAGUUCUGAGCCAGAAGAGGAAGAAAAAGCUAAUGAAAUAACAACAGACCCUUACAACUUCGGCAAGCUUUCAUUAGCGGAUGACCCCUUCGGUGACUUUGACGACUUGAUUUCUUCAGACGAAGAUGAAAAAGAUGAGUGAAUACUUUUAGAUGUCAAGAAGGAGGAUAAUCCUAAAUCAACUCCACUGACUUCAACCCUCCCUCAUCUUGAUUUAAAGGAAAUUGUUGAAGGAAUUGAAGACCUCAAAGUAAAGAACCGUGUCAGCGAUGUGAUCUCUAAGUUACAAGAAGCAUUGAAGAGUAGCCAAAUUGAGCUUAGAAAAAGCCAAAAGAGUAUCGAGUCCAUUGAAAAUUCAGGCUUGGAGCCCCUAGAUAUGGCUAGAAAUAAACUUCAUUUUGGAUUCCUAUUUGCUUCGCCAUUGGCCAGAAACUACAAUGGAAAAAUAGUGAAGAGUGAUCAAUUGGAUUUCAAAACUGAGAUUGAGGACAUCUUAUAUUCUCUCAAAGACCUCAGCUACAACCUAAACUACAAAGUUAGCCUUGGCACAAGAGAACAUUUGAGAAGGACGGUCAUUGAAUGCCCUAUUGCUUUACAUUUCUCAGGGCAUGGAGCUGAAAACAACAAAAAUAAUUUAGGAAAUACCUCAAUGUUAUUUAAAGAAAAAGGAAAUGUUCUGUUUCUUGAAGACUCUACUGCUCUUGCAGACUAUUACUAUCAGACUGAACUAGAAGCCUUAGUCAAAGCAAGGAAAACUAACUUUGAAGUAGUAUUCGUCUCCUCAUGUCAAUCUGAAUUUGCAGGAAGAAUCUUCUUAAAUGCUGGUGCUAAGCAUGUGAUCUGCAUCAGACAAGCUGACAAAGUCGAUGAUCUGGCUUCCCUCAAAUUUUCUUCUGUGUUUUAUGAGCACUUGUUUGGUAAAGCCAUGAGUGUUUGUGAAGCCUUUGAUAUUUCUCAGAAAGUUGUUAAAAGCGAGAUCAACCCUGUACAAGCCAGAAUGUUUAUGCUGUUGACUCAGAAAGAUAAUCCUAAAUCUAAGCUAAAGAAGCAUAUCUGUUCAUCUAUCCAGAACCUUGACUUCGGAAGUCUUAAUGAUGUGAGUGACUACCCAUUGUUCGACUAUGUGCCUGACAAAGUUGAAGAAUUCAUGUGCAGAGAAAUAGAAAUGCACCAGAUCGCUAAGUCUCUCAAUUGCUCGAAGGUUGUCACUGUGAUUGGACCAGCAGGGAUCGGCAAAACAAGCAUUGCAAGGAGUCUGGCUAACUUCUACAGAGAAAGAAGAACAUUUAGAGAUGGAGUCAUUUAUGUGAAACUGAGAGGAAUCACUUCAUCCCAAAUGUUUUUGACUCAGCUAUCUUUGUCUAUUAGAGCAUCUACAGGAGACAUCGAAAUAGAAGCACUUCAAAAUGUUAGAAAUCCGAUUGAACCGGUUAUGAAAAAGUAUUAUUCAACAGUCCAGGACAAACAAGACAAAACUAUAAAUAUGUUGAAGAAUCGUAAAGUGCUUCUCAUCUUGGACAACUGAGAGGAUGUGAUCAACAAUGACCACGAGAACUUUAUCUAUGAGCUUGAAAAUCUUUUGGAAGCAUGCCACAGAGUCAAAAUAUUGACCACUUCAAGAAAACCUCUGAGUGAACUCGUCAACAACAAAGAAGUAGUAUUUCCGUUGUAUCCAUUAAGCAAUAGAGAUACUCUGGAACUCAUGAAGCAAAAAUGAAAGAACAUUAGGCACAUUCCUAACAAAGAGCUCAGAGAACUCAAAGAAUGUAACAUCCCAGAAGGAAGCCGGAUGGGCCAACAUCUUAAUGUUCAAUUUAACUUAGAUAGCGGAUCCUUAUUGAAAAAGUCUGACGUUCAGAUAGAAAAUCAUCCUUUUAUUCAACUUCUUGGCGGCCAUCCACAAGCAAUAUCUUUGAUAGUAUCCCUUCUUAGAGAUUGCACUUUGAAAGAACUGUUCUUGACUUUCUGUGACUCCAAUAUGAUAGAUGUUGUGCAUGACAACUCAGCCUUAGGAAGUCAAGCUACUUCUCUAAAAGUAACAUUAGACCUCAGUAUUACUCAACUAAGAGAGAAAAAUCAUGAAGCUCUUGAUCUGUUCUGACUCAUUGGAUUACUACCGUCAGGAGUUUCCAAAGAAGAAAUAACUCAGAUUUGGGGAGACAAUUCAUGGAAGAAACUCAAAAAUGAAUUAAUUGACAGCUCAUUGAUAAUUGAGAAGAACAGCAUGAAAGAGCCUGUCAUCUACUACAUGCUUCCGUUCAUGUCUGAGAGAGCUUGAGAAAUAUUGGAAGAGAACAAACAAUUGCAAUCAGACUACCACUUGAAAUGUUGAACUCUUUACAAGAGCUAUUGCUAUAAGUUUUACAAAUCUGAGAAAAAUUUUAAAGACAAAGAAAGGCUGGCUAGCAUGGAGAGCAAUAUUUGGGCAUGUAUUUACAGAGCAUUUGAGAGAUCUAAAAAGGCAAAAUCCCUUACAAAUAAUGAACAAUUUGAGAGCCCUAAUCUGUCUUCUGUGUCUUUCACGAGAGAAGAAAAGAAAGAUGAAAUAACAGCAAGCUCAUUUUCUUUCGACUCAAAAGCAAAUGACAUAGACUUGGCAGAACUUAAGAUAGACAUUGAAAUGUAUAGAUUAUUUUCCAAAUUCGAAGAAGACCAAGGUUCUGAAUUAAGGUACAACAUCGUCACUAAAACCGAAUGGGAGCCUGAAGAUUUUAUGUAUAUCGAUGAAACCCAAGAAGAAUUCUUGAUCGUUUACUAUGCCACAAGCCUGAUCUUGAUGGAAAAAUUUGAUGAUGCCUCAAGAGCAAUCAAUGGAUACAUAUGUAUCUCAAAUAUCUCAGACAUUGCAAAAGCAAAUCUUGAGAGAAUGCAGGCAUUCCUGUAUAUGAUCAGGGACGAUUAUGAGAAUUCAAUAAGAGCUUUGCAAUUGCUGAGAUCUGCUUUGAAGAUAUUUCAGAGUCUUAAACUGGCUAAAGGGGUUGCCAUAUGCCAAUUGGGUAUUUCCAAGAUCUUCCAUGAUAACUAUGAUAGAUUAGUCGCUCCAAAGUCUACUUCUGAGAAAGAAGAGUUCGAGACCCAGUGGAAGUCAUUAGUUAUGAACUGUGCUGACAUAUGCACUGAGAUUGGCUUCGAAGAAGGACUAAAAGUUGCACUUGAAAUCUCUGAUCCAAAAAGUUCUGUUUCUGGCUACGAAUCAAUUCUUGAAGAGGGCAACUUUAUUCUUCUAAAUGUGAUACUGAAAGAUGACAAGGAGUAGGUCUUGAUUUGACAACCCUUGGCUUGAAUGAAUUAAGGAAAUUUAAACUAUGGAUCAGCAUCAAACUUCGAAAAG